AAAGCAGGAUGUGUGUGUGUGCGCCUCUUAUUUCCUUGCCUACCUACCUCCUCACCACACCUCAGGAGCCGGUGUUGUGCUCAUAGCAGCUCACUUGCUCCUGGCUUCUCUGCAUCAUGGCCUCCUAUCCAGGGAUCUCCCACAACCUGCAAGAGCAGGUCUGUGAGCUGCUGAAGCACCAGAAGGUUUGUCUGAUGAGGCAGGUGAAACGGCACCAGGCUAGGAGCAGGGCAGAGCCAAGGCUACUGGUUAUGAGUCUGUGGAGAGCCUACCUGUUCAACACUAAACAACCUGUCACGGUAGAGGGUUCUUUCAACUACCUUGAGAUCUGCUCCAUCGCUAUCCACAGCCUCAAUCAGGUGGUGAUCGAGACAGACACAGAGGUGUUCUUACUCAGCCUGACGUUUGUGGAGGACCUAGAAGCCAUGAUCAGUCACGUGACUGCGUCUCUGAAGAAGAUCUUCCCUGAUUCCUCCCCAGGGAAGAUCCUAAAAAAUAUUCCUCCAGAUCUGCAGGAACGCCUAAGGAACCUGACGUCUUAUGUGGAGGAACAGCUGGAGGGAACACCGGGACCCUGUGGAGGGUUCUCUGACACCUACGCUGCUCUCUGUGACUUCAACGACUUCCGCUGCAGGGAGGAAGUCCAGUGGGAUGUCAACAACAUCUACCACGUCCGCAGCUGUCGGGAGUUCAGUCUGCUGGACUUCAGUCACCUGGACAGCCAGGACCUGGCCCUGGUUGUGGCUGCUCUCUCCUUCAACCAGUGGUUCACUAGGUUCUCCAGCAGACACUUCAAACUGACUCCAGACGUGCAGCAGCAGGUGCUCUUCAUGAUCCACAGGUCUCCCAGCCUGGAGGAGCUGUCUCUGGAGGCCAGUGGGCUCAAGCAGGAUUUUGCAGUCAAGAUGGCAGCUGCCUUGAGAGACAACACCUCCUCUAAUCUCCACACCAUCAACCUGUCAGCCAAUCAUAUUGAAGAUAAAGGUGUGAUGGCUCUGAGUCUGCAGCUGGACAGCCUGUCCAGAGGUCUUACUCACUUGUCUCUUUCUAGGACCAGUGUGUCUCCCAAAGGUGUAGGUGUUCUGUCCCAGGUCUUCUCCUCCAACCAGGUGUUCGCCAGCUGUCUCACCCACCUGGACUUGUCAGACAACCCAGGGAUUCUGGCCACUGAUGAUGCUAUGAGUCUGUUCCUGUUCCUGUCUCGGACCAACUGUGUGUCCUACCUGGACCUGAGUGGAACUGACUGUCCCCUGGACACUCUGUUUGUGUCUCUAUCUGCUGGCUGCUGCUCAAGACUGGCUCACAUCAACCUGGCCAGGAACCCCUUCACUUACCGGAAGGUACGUGAAGUGACCAGGAGUGUGAGAGAGUUCUUCAGUCAGUGUGUGAAACUGCAGUACUGUGGUCUGUCCCAAACCAGGCUCCCUGCUCAGGCUCUCAGGUUGUUGCUGCAGGGUCUGGCUACAAACCCUGACCUAAGUGGGCUGAAGCUGGACAUUAGCAGCUGUGAGCUGAGGUCCUGUGGGGCCCAGGUGAUCCAGGAGCACAUCUUUGAACCCAAGGCCAUCAGCAAUCUGGACCUUUCAGACAACGGUCUGGAGAGUGACAUGGUGACCCUGGUGUUGUCUCUGGGUCGUAGUCCCUCCAUCAGGCACCUAGCUCUGGGACGUAACUUCACCAUGAAGUCCAGAGCUCUGACAGACGUCCUGCAGCGCAUCGUUCAGCUCAUCCAGGAGGAAGACUGUCCCCUGGAAUCUCUGUCGGUGUGUGACUCCAAACUGAAGACGGCCACCACCAUCCUGAUCAACGCCCUGGCGAGCAAUGUGUGCCUGCGCCGCAUCGAUCUGAGUGGCAACGCCAUCGGAGACACCGGCGCCAAGAUGGUGGCCAAGGCCCUGCUCAUCAACACCACUCUGAGGUCUCUGGUGUGGGAUAGAAAUAACAUUACAGCCAGAGGCUUCCAGGAUGUAGCCAAUGCCAUGGAGAGGAACUUCACCCUGCAGCACAUGUCCCUGCCGCUGUCAGACGUGACUCAGAGCUGCCGCAGCGCCCCUGUCAGGACGGAGCAGGCCUUGCAGCAGAUCCAGGCGUGUCUGUUGAGGAACAACCAGAACAGGUCUGAAUGUCCAGACCAGAUUCUCCACCAGGGCCUGAAGACCGUCCAGUCUGAACAGAUGGUCUACGGUCUCUGUCAACGCCUCCAGGACAGCCUGCGACCUCUGACCCCUUGCAGCAUACAGGAAGUGGAGGAAGACAUCCUGUCUGCAGAGGAAGUGCUCUGCGACGCCCGCAGCUCCAUCAGGUUGCUGCCCUGUCUGUGGGAGCUGGGCAGGGCGCCCUCUGGUGGUGAGGCCCAGCAGCACAUCCUCAGCUAUGCCACCACUGCUCUGAGUCAUGAGGCCCGCAAGGACAUCCAGGAGCUGUCCGAGGCCCUGCUCUCUGCAGCCCAGGCGGAGUGUCCUGGCGUGGCCCUGAGGUCGGAGGUCGUAGAAGCUCUGGAGGCGUGUGUGAGGAGGAAGAGCAGGCAGACUGAGAUGUUCAUCCAGGAAGCGCUGCUGCAGCACGCGACACGCACCAUCAGCAGCAAGCUGAGCGAGGUGAAACAAGCAGUCAGCCUCUCUCUGGUGGAGACUAUCAUAGAACACAUUCUGAAGAACCUAGCUCUGUCCCAGAACUCAAUGGACCAGCAUAUGCGUGAGCAUACAGGCUCCGCCCCUAGAACCAACAAUGUUCCCCAGCUGAGAUUGGUGGAACAGUUCCCUACUGAUGAGUAUGUUCCAGUGACGUGGAGGAACAGCUUCCUCUCCAGGAGCAUCCGGCCCGCCCCCUCCGUGAAGAGUAACAACCUGCUCCUCCUACUCCUCCUGUUCCUCCUCUUCCUCCUCCCCCUCAUCCUAUGUGUGCAGAGGGGGUCAGACACAGAGAAUGAGGCCAGUGAGACGAUGGGCAGGGUGGAUGAGGGAGUAGAAGAGUUCUCACCAAGAAGUCUUCCCGAUGACCCCCUAAAGGCCAAGGGGGAGGAGCUCCCUGACCAAGCUCCGCCCACAGAGCCAAGCUCCGCCUCCCCAGCCCUGCCCAUCACUUCUACAGACCCUCCCACCUCUACCACAUGUGAAGCCCCUCCCACCUCUACACCGGCCCUCCCUUCCACGCCCGCCCCGCCCUCCUCCACCCCCACCCCCCCUCCUGCCUUCCCCGGCUCCACCCCUCUCAGCACCGCCCCCUCCAAAAACAUCAAGAAGAAGUUCGGCGACUUCUUUGCCUUUAAGAAGGUUCGGGCGGGGAGGGGGGCAAAGGGCGAUGGAGGGUCGGAGGUCAAGGCCAAGAAGACCUCCAUCGCCGACCUGAUACGGCCCCUCAGAGAGGCGGCCCGGGCCGAGAAAGAGAGGGAGAAGGAGAAAGAGAGGGAGAGAGGGAAGGCGGAGGAGGCCGGUGUUAACCAUUCUGAUGCCACCGUCACAGAAGGAGGAGCUUCCGAGGACAAGAUGGCCCCCGCCGCCCCUUCCCCUGAUGGCCCCGCCCCCUCUGCCCCCCCCGCCACCCCGCCGACCCCCAUCUCUCCCGCUCCUGCCCUCGCCGAGCUGGGCUCCGCCCCCGCGGGCCCCGCCCCCGAUGUGGCCACGCCUUCAGGUUGGGAGAAGAGCCGCACGCCAGAUGAGGGUCGGAGGGUAAAGGUCGCACGGAGGUCGCUGAGGGAGGGGAAGUCCCAGUCCCUCAUCCUGCUGACCGGCCUGGAGGACCCAGCCAGCAUCCACGGGAGGAAGCACGCCUCAGAGACCUCCUCUAGUUUUGAACAGAGGCUCCAUGUCAUGCUGCACCGCAUGGGCGUGGCCAAGACCCCCCCUGCAGACCCCAAGACCUGCCAGAACAAAGAGGAGGAGCUUAGGAAGGCCAACUCAGAGGGUGCUAUCCUGGACAGAAAACCUGAGCCUCCUCCCACUUUUAUGAAGCCUCGGACCAUGUCCACAUCAUCAGACUCCCGCAGGCCCGUCGCCACCCUGGACCCCCUCCGACCCGACAGACCGCCCCUCUCUGGCCGCCCGGCCGGCCCCCUCCCGCCCAAACCCACCAUCGCAGCCAAGCCCCCGCUCCCCACCCCUGCCCCGCGACCCUCCACAAGCCCCCUCCCAGCCUCCGCCGUCCCCCCCCGCCCCCGCCAGCCCAGCCCGGUCCUGGACAGCAGGCCGGCCCCCGCGCCCCACCAGGCCACGCCCACGGACCACUCCCCCUGCCCCUCCCCCAGGAGGGAGCCCCCCCCGGCGCCCUCACCUCGCCGCUUCAGCAGCCUGGAGAGCAGGGAGCGCUCUGAGAGAGCACAAUCAGUCACUGAGGAGAGCCUUCCUAAGCCCCGCCCCCGCAUGAAGCCCCUCCCCCAGCGGCGAGCUGUGUCCGUGCACGAGGACGCCCUCCGUGACCACGCGCCCCUGCUCGCUGAAGAACUGAAGGCGGUCCUGCCUCGCCUACAGAGGUCCCCUGUGCGUAAGCAUGUCACCCUGGGGGAGUUGCCCCCCUGCAGUGAAGAUGCCCCUGAGGGGGAGGGGGCAGGAGAGAGGAAGGAUGCGAAGGAAGAAAAGGUGGAGGAGAAGAAGGCAGAGAAGAGAACUGGAGGAGGAAUGACAACAGACUGUAAGCCAGUUCCAGAAGUUGACCCGGGCCCUGGCCUGGAUCCAGGGCUCAAAACUGGCCCGUCUCCAGCCCCGGCCCCAGGCACAGGCCCAGGUCUAGGCACAGGCCAAGGCCCAACAGGGGUCCAGGAGGACCCUGGAAAGAGCACAGAGGAAAAGGGGGUGACGGUCUCACAACAGCACACGGUGAAGUCAGAACCAUCAGACCAAAGAACUGAGCCCCACCUUUCUGACACACACAUGGACUGACCUGCCCAGUCUAUUUUCUACCAUGUCUACCUUUGCCUUGCACGCCACAUGAUGUACAAAAACAAAAGCAAACAAUUAUGAACAAAAUGUUUUAAAAAAAGAGUGUAAAUCCAUACCUAUACUUGUUAAUAAUGAUUAAAAUGUUGAUUAAGA